AACGUGAGAAAAAUCAGUUCUUGGAUUAUGGGGAUGCGGCCUAGGGUGGUGCCCUUCCGUCAAUUUCUUCGAGUGGGCAAGUACAAGGUGCGCCUGUUCGACAUCACGCAGGAAAGGUGGAGGACCAUCACGGUAGAUGACAACAUCCCCACCAGGCACGGAAAUCCCAUCUUCGCAAAGCCCAACGGGAAGGAGCUGUGGGUCGUCCUCCUCGAGAAGGCCGUCGCCAAGUUCUGCGGCAGCUACUCGAACAUCGCCGGAGGGUUCGAGGCCUGGGGGCUCAAGGUUCUAACGGGGAACCACGUGUGGACCUUCAGGCGCUUGAAGCCGGCUCGACCGGGAAAGCCUGGCCAGUGGAGGCGUUACGAGUUUCUGUUCAAGCCCUCCGCGGACAACAAGCGCGACGCCUCCAGCGUCGGCACCGAGGAGGUCCACGAGAGGGUGAAUGAUAAGCUUGAGGGCAUUCAAUUGUUUCAAGGAGAGGGAGCUGUUUGGCGCAGCGACAAGUUUUGGGGGGUGCUGCUGACGUACGCGCACGGGCGCAAGGGCGCCAUGUGCUGCAGCAUCACGGGCCCCGUGGAACCCCCGCGUGAUAGCACUGCAGAUGGUGGCAGUGACAACAGGAAAAGCGGUGCAGCCAGCGAAACCGCGCUAGCGGUGGCAAGUCGACACGUGCCUCGUAACCAAUUGGCAGUUGCUGGUUCGGAAAUUUCGUGGCUUCCGGAUUGGGACGUGGUACACACGUGCAUUCGUACGUACGUGGCACCGGAACCUGCCGGUGGGUGCGGUAUUGUUGCACCCGAGCACGUGGAGUUGAUGGGCUGGGCGAGAAGUGCAUCGGCUAGUGUGAAGCCAGACGUAACCGCUGCCGUAGCGCCUAGGCUGUUUGCAGGCAUCGGAGCUCACACGGAUGUGUUUUGCCUGCCCGUUGCUGUCCCGCAGUCGGAGAGAGUGCGGAAGGACGGGUUGAUCGAGAACCACGCGUACUCCAUCAUGAGGGCCAUCGACAUGCACGGGGAGAAGCUCAUUCAGAUUCGCAACCCCUGGGUGAGGCGAAAAAUAUUAUGGCGUGAACAUUCUUGA